AUGGGUCAAUCUCAAUCUACAGGCUCCAAGGCCUCUGAGCCACAGGGCAGCCAAAAAAUAGAUUAUUAUGAGCUGUUGGGGGUAACUCAAAUGGCAACGGAUGAUGAGAUUAAGAAAGCAUACCGCAGGAAGGCUCUUGAACUUCAUCCCGAUCGGAAUUAUGGAAAUGUCGAGGAGGCCACCAGGCUGUUCGCCGAAAUUCAAUCCGCAUAUGAGGUUCUUGCCGAUUCACAGGAGCGUGCUUGGUAUGACUCUCACAGCGAGGCUUUCCUAGGAACCGAGGGAGGCUCUGAUGGGGGUCCACAGUCGUAUACAACAGCAGAUGAGGUUCUUAAGGUUUUUUCGAAAUUCAGCCCACGGAUGGAUUUCUCCGACCUCUCGACCGGUUUCUUUGGUGGUCUUCGAGAACAGUUCACCCAGUUGGCAUUGGAAGAGCGACUAGUAUGUCAACUGGAGGGUCAAAAUAUGGUGGAGUAUCCGUCAUUUGGGGGUCGUGAUGACAACUUUGAGACUGUCGUCCGUCCGUUCUAUGCCGCGUGGACUGGAUUUUCCACCCGUAAAUCGUUUGCUUGGAAGGAUACCCAUCGUUACUCCGAGGCACCAGAUCGCAGGAUACGACGGUUGAUGGAAAAGGAGAAUCGACACCUUCGAGAAGAAGGAAUUCGCCAGUUCAAUGACGCGGUUCGGUCAUUAGUAGCCUUUGUCAAGAAACGGGACCCGCGAUGCAAGGCGAAUGCUCAAAGUGAGGCACAACGCCAAGAAACUCUUCGUCAGUCGGCAGCUGCCCAAGCGGCCCGCUCGCGAGCAAUUAAUCAGGCUAAGAUGCGUGAUCACGUUGUUCCGGAGUGGGCUCGGUCUGAAGAGCCCGGAGUCGAGGAAGAGGAGAGCUCUGGGAGUGAAAUUGAAAAUUUCGAGUGUGUCGCAUGCAAUAAAAACUUCAAAAGUCAGAAGCAGUUCGAAGCUCAUGAACGGAGCAAAAAACAUGUGAAGGCUGUCAAGCAGUUAUGUUGGGAAAUGCGUGCGCAAAACGAAGACCUGGAUCUGGGGUCCAAUAUCCACCACUCCAGCGCAGCUCAUGCUACAAUCUCAAAUGAAGACAAUGACUCUGUCGCUUCGAUCUCUCACGACGAGCAAUCGGAAGUUCCAGUUGGUUUGAAGACCAAAAGAGACCAAGAUAUGGAACCCGUGAUGACGCCCUCAUCUGAUUCGGAAAGUGACGUCCAACACCACCCAUACUCCCAUACAGACCCUCAGAACGUCUCUAUAGGUACUGCUGAUGAUGAAGACUACGCUCCAAGGGAAUCUAUCCAAACGAGACUCUGCUCGGAUGUUGAUUUAUCGCAGGACGGCUCCAUGGCCCUACUGACUGAGCAGCUUUCCUCGUCUGGGAUUGAUAAUCGACCUACUGCUGUCACCCCUCGGAUAGGGAAGGCCAAGCAAAAACGGGCUAAGAAAGCUGCUCAGGGUGAUGACCAAGCUUCGGGGAUUCUGUGUGCAAACUGCUCUGCCACCUUCACUUCGAGAACCAAGUUAUUUACUCAUAUCAAAGAAAACCCUACUCAUGCCCAGCCGCUGAGUACUACCAAGAGUAGAAAGCGAUGA